CCAUUAAAUUAACUUCUUUCAAAAAAAAGUAAAAAAACUCAUAUUUAUGCUUGGAGAACUGGAAAUCAAGAAUCGCAUUGCUCGUGAGUAGUGACGGAUUGCGUCGUGUUUCUUUCUGGCGGAGUCGUGCUAUGCUCUGCUCAGUUCUCAGCAGGAGGCAAGAAAUCUGAGAAGAAAGAGUUGGGCCACAGGUCACCUGGAUACCAACAGAGAGGUGGACGAAGAGAAUUUAGAGGUCAUAGUACUAUUUUAUUCUCCGUAUGGCAAUGUAGUUGCCACACGGGCAUUGCAGAAUGGACAGCAUGGAACUUUCUGGCUUUAUAUUUAUGUGUAAUGGAAAAACAAAACCACAGUGCUACCAGUACCGUGUUUUUGGGCUUCCUGCUUUAAGAAAGCAAGUUGUAGAGAAAAUCAAGUGUGGCAUGAAACUUUUUUUGUUUGAUUUUGACAUGAAGCUUCUAUAUGGUAUAUAUGAAGCAACUUCUGAUGGAAAGUUGAACUUGGAAUAUGCUGCUUUUGGCGGAAAAUUUCCAGCACAGGUGAGAUUCAAUAUAUUUAAGGAUUGUUUGCCUCUGCCAGAAAGUAAGUUUAAACUUGCUAUCCAAGAGAAUUAUGAGAAGGGAAAAUUUAAAUAAGAACUCAAUGCCCAGCAAGUGAGGGAUCUAUUGUCUCUGUUUCAUCCCUUUACAGUGUCAGUGCCAUUACCUUUGCAUCCUAUGUUGCCCGAUAUGGCCACACCUCCAUUGUUCACUCCUGCCAAUCAAACCAGAGAAUGUCAGUUUCAGCCACAAGCAAGGAUACCCGUGGAGGUGGCUGGGAUGCAUGCAAGUCAGCAUGCCACAAUUCCUCCCAGCUCCGAGGGUCGAGAUAUGGCUGAGCCUGGGAUUUAUCAUGAGUAUAACCAUUCGGUAUCAGUGCCUCGACAUGUGGAACAGAUGGUCAUUCCCUCUCGUUACUCUUCAUAUGGAUUAAUGGUUAACACAAGCCAGACUGAAUCAGCUACCCAUGCACAAGCUCUACAACCUCCAAGUAACCCAAAUUAUACAAUGGAACUGCAAAAUCCACACUCGCUUGGAGAACUCGUUCAAUAUCUGCCUGACCUGUAUGGGGCUGAGACAAAUAUUCCUGAGCAAGAAGAUGCUGUUGGAUACUGGGAUCACCAGCGCCCGCCUGCAGCCCCACACACUUCACAGCCUGUACAAACAUAUUCCUCAAUACCAGAAGCACACACACUGGCCGCUCCUUACAAUCAGAACCUUGGCUUCAGUAAUGGUAGCUAUCAGUUUCCAUCACAAGGGGAGACAAAUAUUGUUCCUCAGCAAGAAAAUGCUAUUGGAUACUGGAGUCACCAGCAAAUGCCUGCUGCUCCACACACUUCUCAGCCUGUUCAAACACAUUCCUCGACACCUGAAACUCAUGGGCUGGUUGGGGGAAAUAUUCAUAUUCCGCCCAUUUAUCCUUACCAAGGUGGUCGGUCACAGGCAAGCAGCCAAUUGAGACCUAUUUUAUGCUUAAUUGUCAGCAGACAUGUCUGGUCUGCUCUUUUGCUUUUACUUUGCCGUGUCCGUUCAGUCAGUCAUCCAGUCAAACCAUUCUCCAACCGAGCUCGGGGGCUAAAGGGUAACUUCAUCGGACUUCACAAUCAAGAAGGGCCCACGAACUCCUUCGUCACUAAAACUCCGACGCGCUUUCUAAAUAAACGCGGUGUUGAUUUCUCGAAACGGAUAACAAAGACCGAGCGGGCCAUACUAAAAGCGACUGAGAACUUCUUCAUCAGGUCUGCUUGCUCCGCAGCCACUGCUUUUGGCGCUCGGAUGGGGAUUUGCUGCUCAGACGAGGCUGGCGGGAGGUCGGCCGUGGGCGGCACCGCUGCCGCGGUUCCAUCCGCUGCUUCUCCAAACGACGCUGUCAGCUGUUUCCUCAACUCUCGCGGCUACCAUGGUCUCUUCUCUGAGAUCGAGUUGUCAUUUUCUGCUACAAACUUGCGUGAUUUGGAUGUCUUUUCAAAGAGUGAUCCCAUGGUGGUUGUUUAUACGAAAGGAAAAGAUGGAGCACUUAGAGAAGUAUGCCGCACUGAAGUAGUUCUUAAUUCAUUGAACCCCAAGUGGAUUACAAAGUAUAUCAUCAUGUUUCAGUUUGAAAUUGUCCAAACUCUGUUGUUUCGUCUGUAUGACAUUGACACCCAGUUUCACAAUGUAGACCUGAAGAUGCUUAAGCUGGAUGAGCAGGAAUUCCUUGGUGAGGCAACCUGUACAUUGUCUGAGGUUGUGACAAAACCGAAUGGGUCAUUAACAUUAGAUCUUGUACGUAGAGAAGAAGCCUCUAUAUCAAGCCAUUCCCGAUGCUCUGGAAAGCUUACUGUGCAUGCUGAUGAAUGCAUUAGCUCUAAGACAACUACAGAGAUUAUAUUUAGGUGUACAGAGUUGGAAAACAAGGAUCUGUUCUCAAAAAGUGACCCCUUCUUGGUAAUAUCAAAAAUCAUGGAGGGUGGGGUCCCUAUUCCUGUUUGUAAGACAGAAGUCAUAAAGAAUGAUCUUAAGCCAACAUGGAAACCUGUGUUUCUGAAUAUUCAACAAGUUGGGAGCAAGGACAGUCCGUUAGUUAUAGAGUGCUUCAACUUCAAUAGCAAUGCCAGGCAUGAUUUAUUGGGAAAAGUUCAGAAAUCACUAAGAGAGUUGGAAAAGCUUCAUUCUAGUGGGCAAGGAGAAAAUUUAUUUGUAUCACCAUCCACCGGGCACAAUGACCACAACAAGGUAUUGAAGAGCCAGUUAUUCGUUGACAAGUUUUCUGAGAACAUACAGCACACUUUCUUGGAUUACUUGGCAGGAGGAUUUGAACUGAACUUUAUGGUGGCUGUCGAUUUCACAGCUUCAAAUGGAAAUCCCCGUCUCCCAGAUUCCUUGCAUUAUAUUGAUCCCUCCGGACGGCCAAAUGCAUACCAGCAAGCAAUAAUAGAAGUUGGAGAGGUUUUGCAAUUUUAUGAUUCAGACAAGCGCUUUCCUGCUUGGGGUUUUGGAGCACGUCCAAUUGAUGGUCCAGUUUCUCAUUGCUUUAACUUGAAUGGAAGUAGUAAUUAUUGUGAGGUUGAAGGAAUUCAAGGAAUUAUGAUGGCAUAUAAUAGUGCCCUCUUUAAUGUUUCUCUUGCGGGACCAACGCUGUUUGGACAUGUGAUUACCAAUGCAGCUCUAAUUGCCAGCCAGUCUCUUGCAAAUGGAGGGCGAAAAUACUUUGCUUUGCUAAUAAUCACGGACGGAGUGGUAACAGAUCUUCAAGAAACCAAAGAUGCAUUAGUUAAAGCAUCAGACCUACCGCUGUCAAUCCUCAUUGUAGGAGUUGGAGGAGCUGAUUUCAAAGAAAUGGAGGUUUUAGAUGCAGACAAGGGAGACAGACUUGAGAGUUCAAGCGGGAGAGUUGCUUCGCGUGAUAUGGUACAGUUUGUACCACUCCGAGAUGUACAAAGUGGAGAAAUUUCAGUUGUUCAAUCACUUUUAGCAGAACUACCAAGUCAAUUUUUAACCUACAUGCGAACCAGAAAUAUUCAGCCAAAACAUGACACUGUGUAGAAGUGUUCAUAUGUAACCGAAAUCUCAGUUGCUGGUUUCAUGCCAUUUAAUUUUACCUUCAUGGGGGGGUCAUGUUGAAAAAAUGCUUCAUGGUGGUUAGGUUAUCAACGAGGCCUCAGCGGAAAGGUAGAAUUAGCUGCAUGAUCCUUUUUUUCCUGAGAAUCACAGCUAGAAUGGCGUUUUGCUAUCUUUUACUCAGCUUUGUACUAACUCCUCAAGAAUCCAUUAAUGCCCGACCCAGUGGAACCAAUUAUGCAGAGGAUCUGAUCGGGGGACUAAUCGGUGUUACCAACCAGAAGGAUCAAUGGAGGUAAACACCUAAACUGCCAAGUUUGCGAAGUUACAACUAAAGAGAAAUGUGAGCUUAGGCAUAUAUCCGUUCAUGUUUUCGUCAUAUGCUCUCUCAUUACGGAGGAGUUUGGGCCCAUUGAAAUCAGGUUGAGACGAGAUUUCCGGGCCUUCCCUGCUCACCAGGUUUUUUUUAAAUGUAAUUUGUAGAUUUGCAGACAUGUGUUGUAUGCCACUUUCCUCUUUCUUGGACUGCGGGAAAAAAAACUGAGGAUGGGCCUUCCAUUUCUAGAAACUCUUUAUUUUCAUUUUGAUUUUUUUAUGAGAUUAUCUUUAAUUUCCCCAGUUGUGGCAAAGCUGGUUAA